AUGUCCGAAUCUUCCUCACCUCACUCCCCCCCUCUCAACCCAAACGCAUCUCGCUCCCCGCCGUUGUCCAACUUGACUCCCCCCUCUUCGCCCUUGCCUCAACUUCCAUCUCGUCCCAUCCUAGUGAAACUCGCGCCUCUGUCGCCUCCUUCCCCAACACUUCCUUUCCGGCGACGGGCGCCGUCAGGAGAGGAGUACCAGCAGGGCGUUGGCUCGUCGUCAUUCGUGCAAGCGCGACGUUACAGUGAUAGUUGCAGGCGUAUGACGGGGCGACGAGCGGACAGCAGCCACAGCGAUGAGACUUUAGGCGGGGCUGUCGAAUCGACCGCUUCUGCCCUUGGUUCGCUUUACAUCACCCGUCAAGCUGCUGCAUUCUUCCAUCGGCAAACACUUCGAGAAACGCUCGCGUGCAAGCCUUAUCCUCCAGACGCUCAGGAAGAGUACGCGGACAUGAAUUUGAUCACUGACGAGUUUCCUAGCGGGAGCAGCGGCGGCAGACGGUGGAUGUCACCGCAGGGACGCAGUGCACAGUGGAAAGAGUCUCCAAGUUCUUUUCUCCACGACAUUAAUCAUCCAGACUCAAAUAUCUCGCCAGCCGACUCAGGAUUUGGAGCUGCCGCACACAUGUAUGACCUCCGCGGUCAGAUAUUACCUGUCAUCAGCUUUCCUGGGGAGACUUGUGCGCCUCAAACGGCUCCUGCCUCGUCCGCGGGUAACUCCGUUGGAGGUGGUGGCGGCGGAACGACUGCCACGACAAGCUACUACAGUGGGAAUAGUAGUAGCAGCAACAUGAUGACAGCUGACGAUGGAUCGGCGUGUGUCUUGACCUCUCCGGCGGUUGCUGGUGCGGCGGCCGUCCAGGCAGGCACUAUGGAGGGCGUCGAGGGUUCAACUGACCCCAAAGACAGCAACAGAGUCUUUGUCAUGAACUAUCACGACUGGACGCAUAAUGCGAAUCGCCGGAAAGGGCGGAGCAAAACAUGCAGUGCUGUCAACCAACACUUGUUCCAGGAGACUGGCGGCAUCAGCGGGGCCACCGGCGACCCGCUGCGACGAGUGCGAUUCAGCGACGCGGCUGAGUGGUGUGAACACGAGGCUCCUCGACAACCGUUUGGGGGGCCCGGUCUAAGCUUUUCUGGGACGACUGCCAGCGGCUCAGACGGAGGAGGUUUACUGGACUUCGCCAGCGGGCAACUGACCGUGUCUUUCGACGCAACAAGCGGUGGAAUCGCACCCGCUGGCAGCAUCCUCGUUCCGUCCAGCGAUGCGUUUAGCAAGGGAGAAUUUGCUUUCCUACCAGAUGCCCACACGAACAUGUCCUGUUACCUCCACAGCUCUCAUCCGUCCGUGAGUUACUGGUGCGCGUCAAAAGCUGCGGCAGCCGUAGCUGCGGCAGCGGCUGCUGCCGCGUCUCAUGAUGACGGCAGCGGUGAGAACGCGAAUGAGGAUUUUGAGGUAAGCCAGAGAGUUUCCUCCCGACCCCCCCAUCGGGCGGGGUCGAUGCCUCCCGCCUCACUAUUUCGUCGUCCUAGCCACAGUGCCUCAAGACGCCACAGCGGAAUAAGCCAUGCAGCAGCGUUCGCAGCGGCAGCAGCAUCAACUGGGAGGAGGGGGUCAGAGACUUUUUCGCCGCGUCGAUUUUGGGGGUUCACGAAAAAAGAAGCUGCUAACGAAGAACAAAAAGCUGGAAGCGGUAGCCAGUCGGAGGUAAGAAGAAAAGAACCCUUUCAGCUGUACGCGAGAAAUUUUCUACCGGAAGGGGGAGCUUUUCCGCCGAUCCCAGCGAGCCAGCUCUAUGGACCCGUGGACUGGCGAAGCCUUGUAGGCGCGCCGUCGAGCGCAUGCAAGACUCUGAAAACCCAACAGCAACAGCAACUGAUUCUUCACCAGAGGCUUCUUCAGCAUCAGCGGCCACCGCUAGCCCGAGGUGGCGAAUCAUUCGGCCGAAGAAACAGCUGGUGUGCGUGUCGCCCUAUGGGCAGCUGUAGCUGUUGCCUACGGACUUCGGCAGAGCAAGGGGGACAAGCAGAGACAGAGGGGAGAUGCGCCAGAAGGCGUCUCCAGAGCUUCUCGUCCGGAGGAGAUCCACCUCUUUUUGACACUCGCCUGUUACGUGGAGAAGACGAAGAGGACGAGGACGAGAGAGAGAACUGCGCGGCUGCGGGCGUCUUAGAAGAGGAGGCGCCGAGUCCAGAGACCGCCGAGGAUUCAGCCGAGGAGGAGGGUGAAGGCCGGAAGGGUCGUCUCCUCAUUCUGAGUCGCGUCAAAAGCACUUCGCCGACUCCACGCGCAGCUUUGAGUCCAAAGAGCGGAGACGUCGCACCGCUUCGCUCGCUGCCUCCUCGCCCCCACAGCAGCACAAGCUGCGGGCUCGGCACGGGAGGGCCUCGACUGGCAGGCCCCGCCGUCCUCUGUGCAGCCAGCAGAAGAGCAGAAGCGGGUGGCGGUGAAGUCGCAAGCCUCAGGCCCUUGUCGGAGACAGCGGCAACCGCCGAGGCGGCGGCUUCGUCUGCGGGGAGUGCAGACAGGGCCGCGGCUCGGUUUUCGGCAGGAGGCGGUUCUGGGGGAAGUGCAUGUGCCGCAGGGCAGAGGAGAGCGAGUCUGUGGACGCCGUCGUCCCUCCUGAAGUCGUUCGCAAGAAGCGGUGGAGUGUCGACAGCGAGCUCUAGCAGCAGCGGCAGCACCACGGCCUCUGCCAAAACGAGCAGCGCCGUCAGCCAGAGCGGAGAAAGCGCAAGAAGUGGAACGCUCGUAGACCUCCCUCGUUCGGGAACAAGCCCAUCAGGGACUGGAAAGCUCUCCCGAACCUUCUCUGCUGGAGGCGCUUACGGGUCACAGGGGAGCAAAGAUGGAGCCAGCGGGGCAGUCCUCACGGGCGCAGGCCACGCAGGGCUGCUGGCACCUGGAAGAAAGGGGAGUGCUCACAAAAGCGGCGUGGCCUCGUUCACUGCCUCCUAUGGGGGCUUCUCUUCUUUGGCGCGCGUGCUUCGUCCCCGGCGUCAUUCGCACCACCACGACAGUAAAGGCUCGGCUCUGCCGCUCGCUGGAACUCCACCGCCAGAACUGGCGCGUCGCCCAUCUCCGCACGAGGAGGAGCCGUCAGCUGAGGGAGGAAAGACAGACGACCAGGUCGCGCGAGAAACUGACGAUGCUAGGGAAGGCCCCCUGCCGCCAGCCUCCUCGUUCGAGCCGACCGGCUCUCAGAAGCUCCUGGAGACGGCGGCCUUCCAUCCGGCCUCUCUUGCUUCGGGUAAAACCCGGGACGCCACCGAGUCGCACUGGGGGAACAACUCUGAGGAAGACAAGUCCCCGCCGCUUUCGUCUUACGCCCGCAGCUCCCACACGGCCCUUCCCUUCUCUCGCGCAGGCUUCGGCUCUGGGCACGAUGAAACACAGAUACCGAGCGGUGGCCUUCAUGGUACGCAGCGCUCGGCGCUCCCUCAAGGUGGAAAAGAGGAAGAGUGGAGCCUCCAAGAAGACGACAGCCGCCAGGGAAAGGAUGAGCGCGAUGGUUGCGAGGGGGCAAGGAACCGGGUCACACUGCAAGCCAGCGCCGCCCGGAGAUCCGAACGAAGGUAUCACACAGCCCCUUCCGCCGCGGAGCGACAAGAAUACCAGGCAACAUUGACAGAAGCGAAUGAGUCCAGUCUGGCCGCUGGCGGAGAAGCGCCACACACUUCCGGGGCAGCGGGUGCCGCCGCUGCCGCGGCUGCUGCAGGCUCGCUCCUCUUUCCUUCUUCGUGCUCGAAGGAAGGCAUUCUGGGCGAAGCAAGGAAUGGGCGAGGAUUUCCAACUUUGCUGGGGUAUCCCUCCCUUGGCGACCCGUCGGCCUUAGGGCACGACGGCAGCGGAGCCACUUCUUCCUGCGGAGGGAAGCAUGCCGACCUCUCGCGGCAGCAACAAGGAGUCAGUCCUCAUCCAGCCCAGGGCGUCCUCGGGGAGGCCGGGGCGACGCACGACGCGAAAGGUGCGAUCCAUUUUUCGCCCUUUGAGAAAAGCAGCGGCAGUAAGGCUACACCAGUAAGACGGGGUCAGAGCAGCAGUGGCCAGAACGUUCCUUCGGGUGGCUCUUUUUUUCUGGAGGAAAGCGCUGCAGCCGUUCGAGGUAGCAGAGGAGAGACAGCUCAGUCUCACCCGGCAAAGCUGUCGUCGCAGCUGGGAGCGGGGCCGCAGGAUGUGGCUGCGCAAAAGGCCCUGGGUCGACCGUCAACCGCGCUCGGAGGCAUCUUUACAGCGCGACCCCAGCGAUCCGUGGAGGAGAGUCGCGGCCAGCGUAGCUCGAAGAUCGAGAGUGCCGGCAUGGAACUUGAAAGUGAGGAGUAUGAUCUUCAGUUCGGCGGACUUUUGGUGCGCUUGCAUCGAAAACUGAGCGCAAAAUGCCAUUGCCAAUUCGACGUUUGGGAAGGGGAGGCAGUCGGAGUGGUGCCUCAAGAAGAAGAAGCAGCUGCAGCAGUCGUUGCAGCUCAAGUCAAAGGGAGCUCUUCUGGAGGCCCGAGUGCUUCUUCGCAGAGUCUAAAAGGGGGAGAAGCUGGGGCAAAGAAGCCUAACGGGACGGCGAAUUUAGCAGACGAGGAGGAAGCAGGGAUUGUUGACAAUGGCUUAUCUUUGGCUAGUCUUCACACAUCCAUCGUGGGAAUUGGGAAACGCUUCGCAAUCAAACUGUUGGAGGUGGAUGGCUGCGACGCGUCAAAACUGAAGUAUAAGACACACUCUGUACUCCAGGAGGGGAAGCAGCUGAGAAGCCUCUGUCUUCAGCUCUGGCGAACCCGGGCAGCCGCAGCCGCCCAAGGGCCAAACAGUUCCCGGUUGACUGCUCAGCAGCGGCUGCUCCUCCUGCAGCUUCAGCAGCAGCCUCAGCCUCUGCACCACCCUGAGGUGUAUGUCCAGCAGCUGGAUCGCACGCUUGCAAAUCACAGGAGUGCCUGCAUGCAGAACGGAGGAAGCAGCCGGGGCGCGGGCAACAGCGGAUCCUUGCCUUCGACGGGGGUUCAACUUCCUCUGCUGCCCAUCCCACGAUAUCUGUGGACAAGCCGUGGCAUCAGGAAAGAUGGGACGCGCGUUCUCGGAGUGAGCAUGGAGAGAAUCGAGGGCAGGUCGCUUACGCAGAUUCUUCAGCAGAUGCGAGUGCCCACAAAGAAGAGCGCAGCUCUUCUCGCCGUGGAAAUCGCAAUCAAGCUUGUCCGCGCGCAGGCAGUCCUCGCCUCACCGUCUGCACUCGACCAGCCGAUUAUCAACUGGGAUACCAAGCCCGGCAACGUCCUCGUGGAACUCACUCGCAGUGUGUCAACGCAGCAACUGCACUGCCUCCGCUGCGUCAUCAUCGAUCUAGGAGACUCCCUGCCCGGCCCGAACUUCUCGUUCCCGACGCGUCACCAGCCCGGGGUCUCCCCCUCGUAUAUUAUUUGCACAAAGGGCUACUGCUCGCCCGAGUGUGCAAUCCUCGUCUUUCUGUUGGCGGCAGGAAGCAAGAGCUCGACGUUCCGGAAGGUGUGGUAUGGGCAGAAAAUCACGUCGGAAGAAAUGCUCAUGGCGAAGAAGCAGCGACUGGACCGGCGGUGGCAGUCGUGGAUUCGUCACGGGUACCUGAAGAAGGUUUGCCCGAACGCAACUCCCCCCGGCAUGAACUCGUCCUCUGAGAAAACAGGUGCCAAUGAGGAAGACGCGAACAAAGGAGCUCGAGGGAAAAAGGAGUGCGGGACGGCCGAAGGGUCUGGCAAAGCCAACGAGGGCGGCGCAGCUGGGACAAGCGGAAACGGGACUUCGAAGACGGCGAGCAGCUACUGGGAAGUUUUGCUCUCUGCACGAAGCGUCGUGUUCAGCACGGGGUUGGUCAUCGGCCAGCUUUUUGGGGGCCCCAAUUUAUUGCAGGUUGUCAGCCGAGACGAAGUUGCCGCACUCGACGCUCUUUGCGAGUGGGGUUGUACAGACAGCCCGAACGUUCUCCUAGGCCGCAAAAACCUGCACCCUGACGUGCUGCUGCCUACCCAAGGCGUCUUUGCUGCCGAACCCUGGAAGGGCUACCUCAAAACCAUGCUCAGACAAACGCUGGCUUUCCUCCCCAGCGACCGGUGGAGCUUCGAGCAGCUUGAGUCGUUCCUUAUUCGCAUUCAUGCAGAACUCGCUGCCGCGCACCACGUGGUGGGCGUCGGCUCGUUGUCUUCAGCCUCUGCGAGCACAGGGGCUGCCAAUGAGGCCUCACCAGGAGACAGCAGUGGGGGAAGCAGUCUGGGUGGGGCACAGAGACCAACUUCGAAGCAGAGUGGAGAAGGGACGAGGGACAUGCAUCCGUCCGAAGCCAACGCGGGCAAAUAG